UCUCAUUUAGUCUGCGCAACCGAACGAACGCGGAGGUGCUUUUUGCCAGUACGGGCGCGUCGUGCAGUGCCAGUGCAUCUCAACUGCAUGUGAGAGCAGGUGAGGGCGUGGUGGAAGUGUGGUUGUGGAGGGAUCUGGAAAGUGUUGAUUCAGCAGCGAUCGUGUAUGCACGGUGUUGUGUGCGUGUGUGUGAUCCGUGAUCCGAGUACCUGCCAGAAAUCUGAUCCGAUUUUUAGGGCUUUUGUUUGCGUGUGACGUAACGCAUGUGACGUACCACAGACGUCUGGAGGUACCUUUAUGAGACCCGCUAUCCUAAUUGACUGUCUCGCCGUCUGUGAGACCCUUUAGCGCGACAGGUGACUCUAGGCUGAACGAGCAAUCAAAGCAAAACAAACAAGAGUGCGUGUGUGUGUGCGUGAUUUCGGGAGGAGUAGAAAAAGGGCCCAACCGGCGGCCAACGUCGAUGAGUCCCGAUGACGCUGUCCCGGGAGCAUCAUGCAUCGCUCCUGCUGGUGAUCGUCGUGGUCGCGUGCGCAUCGGUCGGGCUUUGUAACGGGCAGUACUACACGACGCGCGAUCCACGAUGGUACUCGCGGGAAGGUGACUUCAACUACAAGAUUCCUAACCCGGGCGAUCCGGACUAUCGAACAUACACGUUCAACAAUCGCCGGUAUGGCUACUAUCAACCGAACGGGUACGGCCAACAGUACCCGGGCCAGAGUCUUCCCGGCCAGUAUCCCUCCAACACUGGUUUGGGCGAUGAUCGCUUCAAGUAUGAUCCGACCAAUCCAACACUCGCCCAAACGCCGUUCCCAGGUGUUCUCGGUGGCUGGCGCGAAGAUCUCCAGGGUAAACUGCGCCGAGACUCGAUGCAGCUCGAGCGUGACGUGUUCGUGACGACCAACUACGGACAAGUGCAGGGCUUCAUCGUAUAUCUCUACGACAAUCCAGAUCCGAAGAAUCUGUACCGUCCAUGGCACAGUAAUGUGGAUCGGAUCAUGGGCAAGUGCUCCACCUUCCUGGGAAUUCCGUAUGCUCUGCCGCCGACGUUCGAGGGACGCUUUAAGCCACCCCGACAACAUCGCGGCUGGCAGUUGGUACAGGCCGUCGACUACGGUCCAGCAUGUCCGCAACCGGUGCAGUACACGGGAGCUACCAAGGGUAUCCGAGAUAUGGACGAGGAUUGUCUCUAUUUAAACAUCUUCUCGCCAAAUACACAAGCCGGUGUGGCCCAGCGCUACCCCGUGAUGAUCUACAUCCAUGGUGGAGAAUUCGUUCGUGGCGCUUCCAACACCUUCCCGGGGCAUAUGCUCGCCGCGUUCUACGAUGUAGUUGUCGUCACCUUCAACUAUCGACUAGGUGCGCUUGGAUUUCUGUCCACCGGCGAUGAGAAUUCACCCGGCAACUACGGCAUCCUCGACCAGAUCAUGGCUGUCCGGUGGGUGUACGAAAACAUCGAAUCGUUCAACGGUGAUCGUAACUCCAUCACUCUGUUCGGUCCUGGUGCCGGUGGUGCAUCGGCCGGCCUGCUCAUGGUCGCCCCACAAACAAAGGACAUCGUAACGCGCGUGAUCGGCCAGUCCGGUUCAGCGCUCGCCGACUGGGCACUGAUCGUGGACAAGUGGCGAGCACAGAACACGAGCCGCGUGUUUGCCCAGAACGUUGGCUGCUCGAUCGAAACGUCCUGGAAGAUGGUGAACUGCAUGCGCAAUGGGCGCAGUUCGUACGAGCUCGGUAAUGCCGAGUUCCCACCGCACGUGGGCCUGUUCCCGUGGGGACCGGUGCUGGAGAACAACUUCACCUUCCCGGGGGAUAGUUGGUACGAGGGAUGGAGUGAACGGGAUUGGCACUUCCUAUCGGAAACUCCAGACGCUUUGAUUCGCCGGAGACACUUUAAUCGUGGCCUGCAUUACAUGAGCGGAGUUACGUUGCAGGAGGCGGCGUUUGUGAUUACGGGGAACAAAUCGUUGGCACCGUACUUUGAGGUGGACGAACAGUUCUUCGAUCAGAAGGUGCGAGAGCUGGUGCUGCGGUACAACUACACGCUCAACCUGAAUGGGACGUACGAGGCGAUCAAGUACAUGUACACGUACUGGCCGGAUCCGAAGAAUACUACCUUCAUACGGGAGCAAUACAUCAAUCUCCUGUCAGACUUCCUGUAUCGAGCGCCAACGGACAAACUGAUCAAGCUGCUCGUAGAGCAGAACGUCCCAGUGUACAGCUACGUGUUGAACACCACCAUAGAAGGUCUCAAGCUCGCCGAAUGGUGUAAGGUCCCACACGACAUCGAGCACUACCUGCUCGCCGGUGCUCCAUUCAUGGACGUCGAGUUCUUCCCUCGUCGCGAACGCUUCGAUCGGCUCAUGUGGACGGACAACGAUCGUAACAUGAGUCACUUCUUCAUGAAGACGUACUCGGACUUUGCGCGGUACGGUAACCCUACGCCGACGCAGGUUCUUGGCCUUUACUUCGAGAAGGCAAGGAAUGGUGAGCUGAAGUACCUGAAUCUGAACACGACGUACAACUCGUCGAUCAUGAUGAACUUCCGGCAGACGGAGAGUGCCUUCUGGAUGGAGUACCUCCCAACGGUGGUCGGUGUGCUGAUACCAACCUAUCCACCAACGACGGAGUUCUGGUGGGAACCGAAGGAACCGCUGCAGAUCGCGUUCUGGAGUCUGGCUGCUGCGUGUCUCAUACUGUUAGUCCUGGUCGUGAUGUGCUGUAUGAUGUGGCGCAGUGCAAAAAGAGAAUCUGAUCGCCUCUACGAUGAAGCCGUCUUCGGUAUGGACAAUCCCGAAUCCGAACGGGACACAGUGAUGGAGAACAACAUGCUCCAGGCCCAACCGCUUCGUGGUCAAUCGGGCAAUAUCUACGAGUACCGGGAUUCCCCCUCCAAGUACAGCAAGAUGCCACCGGACGGUGGCUCUAUCCGGUCACCGAGCAGUCUCGGUAUGACGCAGGUCACCGGGAAGAGUGGUCUUACCGGUAGCCAAAGCUCGCUACGCAGUGCCAUCUCGAUGAAGGAAUCGACCUCCAUCUCACCGCCACCGUCGAAGGAAUCGAACUUCGAUCGGAACAUCAAGUACGCCGGUGGUACGGCGGACGUCCAGACCGAACCGAUCCAGCGCAACGGGAAGUUCCCGAGGUCGGAUUCGAAGCAUCUGAUAGCGUCGUCAGCAACACCUGCCGAGUUGGCCCGAUCUCAGCGGGAUCUGGGCGGUGCUACCUCACCGAUGAGUGAGACGUCUGUAACGGCUGGCAGUGUGUUGGGCCGAUCACAGCAAAUAACUCCCGUACCAUCGAGCCGCGGUGGUGGCAUGAAGAGCAACAACGCCAGCCGAACGAACCUGAUCGAGGGCAUUCCACAGACGGCGGUUUAGAAGUGUUAGAAUUAGUGUACUUUUAGUGACUUUUUAACGCUUCCAGUCUCACACACAGACUCGCUCUGUGUGCAUGGAGUUCGAAGGAAGCGUUAUUAUCUGUACCACCCAUACCCAUCACAUUACAGAGUGUCGAGUGUUCGGCGCGGAACGUUCCUUGAGAGAGUUGCAUCCAUUAAGGCAACUGACGUCUUGUAAGGACGUUUCUCGUCGACGCUUCGACACUGUUAAGAGUUAGUGUUUAAGCAUUCGGCAAUCGUACUAUAGCGUGUAGAACAAGCUAGACGUUAAGUUUUAAAGCCUAGCCUUAUGUAGCCUUAGUAGUGCCGGGGGAGCUUUAGAUCUACAAUAGAUUGUCCCCCAAACGUCCUCCCGGAGCUACCGGCACAAAGUGCCUUCUAGUUAGAGGAACGAUUUGAACCGAUCGUUCAUAGUCGUUGUCACAGACGUCCGAUUCUUCAUAAUCGAUUCAGUUUAGGUUAGUUAGCUUAGCGUAUUUGUACGUGUUUUUUUUUAAUUGUUUAAACCAUUUGUACAUAUCGAUGUAUUGUUUCGUGUUUGUCAGUGUCAGUGUAUCCGUCCAUUUGCGUGUUUAGUUUCAUCACCGUGACCGACCAACAACGUUUCAUUUCAUCUCGCCUUGUAGUGCAUGUCGUGUGUGAUUGUGUUUGUCCCGCGUGUUUAAAACUAAGCGCUCUAACCUCUAAGUUAUUCUAUAAGUUCUGGUAAGGCAUACGAGUUUCGUUUUACUUUUAACGACCACUUCUGUGAGCUUCUUCAUCUUCCUUGAUCAUCCCGCUUGAUCGUAGUGGACAGAUCGUAGCAAGUACCGCAUUUACGUACACAUCCAGUACUUGUGUUUUUGGGCCAAACUGUGCAAAUAUUACUAUGUAUUUCGGGACCCCGGGCGUGACUGCGGACUGCGGGCUGGUUUUGCUGUCCCGACAGCUCCGUUCUUCACACCGGCGAUUCCCUACAACUAUUUACUACAAAACCCCCUUUUUUUUAAUUAAGAUUAGUUCACUACACCUUGUACACCCCUUGUAACCUUGUUGUUUUGUAUGUCUUUUUUGCUACGAGUUUUUUUUUUGUAUCGUUAAGUUAGUGUUUUAGGUGAACGGGAAACCCGGGGUGAAAAAAAAGUUCAAAGAUAAAAUCAGCGAAAAAUGGGAGUUUCCUCUCAGUUUUUAAAUUAUUGUACAUAUAGUUCGGCAUCGCUUCAUACUUACCAUUUAAGUAUUACGUGAUUGACACAACAGUAGCGUAGUUAGGGGAUCCCGAGCGCGACCUCGUUAGCGUGUGCUCGUAAGGACUGCCACGUGCUGCCAGCGGGGUUCGAUUUAAGUUUCGAGGAGUCUGUAAAGCAAAAUUUAA